UCAGACAAAUUGCCUUUGUUAUCUCUCUCAAGUCUCCUCUUGGUCUCAAAUUCUCUCUCUCUCUCUCUCUAACAUACACGCAAAAAAUCACAAAAAAUAUCUGCUCAGAUCCAUUUGAUUUCACCAUGGCAAGUUCUGCAUCAGGCAUGGCUGUGCACGACGAUUGCAAACUGAAGUUUAUGGAGUUGAAAACUAAAAGGGCUUACCGCUUCAUAGUAUUCAAGAUUGAGGAAAAGCAAAUCAUUGUGGAAAAGCUUGGUGAGCCAGCUGAAAGUUAUGAAGACUUCUGUACGCACCUCCCUGCAGAUGAGUGUCGUUAUGCAGUUUACGAUUUUGACUUUCUGACAAAGGAGAGUGUCCCAAAGAGCAGGAUUUUCUUUAUUGCAUGGUGUCCUGACACCUCUAAGGUCAGAAGCAAAAUGAUCUAUGCUAGUUCCAAGGAUAGAUUUAAGAGGGAACUGGAUGGUAUUCAGAUUGAGCUGCAAGCAACCGAUCCAACUGAGAUGGGUCUGGAUGUUUUCAAAAGCCGCGCCAACUAAAUAAACUUCUCUAGUACAGCACUUGGAUGUUCUCUUUAUCUUUGUCGAAGAGAAAUGUUAAUAUUUGUUGGGACAGGAGAAUGGCUAAGAUAUGAUAUUGGUUUGUUGUUUUAAACUCUAUUUUAAAGGUUUGUCAUCCUGUAGACAUUACGUGGUUUUGAUCUUAUUUUGUGUUGUUUGCGUGCGGAACUCAUACCAUAAUUAGCUUUUGGGGCUGGUACGAAUUCAACAAUUGUUAUCGGAUUGUUCUUUCUUUAAUUUUGUAUGUUUCUCCUU